AUGGAGCAGCGCAUUCUGCACAACAACGCUGCUGCCCGCGAUCCCUACCACCAUGCCCAGGCUUCUCCAAAGAAGAAGCGUCGUCGUAGCGACAGCCAGCUCGCUCUGCUCCGACGUGGCGAGCAUCGCGAUGAACGUGCCCGGAAACAGGAAUCCCUGACCGACGGCGAAGGGCACAAGCGCGACGAUAGAAAGCGUCGACGGGACAUCGCGGUGCAAGAAGCAGAGACACAACGUGCCGCAGACGUAGCAAGUGACGCCUGA